AUGGGCAAGGUUUUGCCUACCCACCGCCUCGCACACUCUCCGUUUGGUGGCUUAGGACAACCUGCCAUCACCGAAGCCGUUCGAUUGUUAUCCAAGGGCCCGUUCCCUGUUGACCACCACCGCGCCAUCCCUGAACGCCAGCAUUGGAGCCUGGAAAACGUCUGCGUCGAUCCCUUCUCGGACCUCUCAAUCGCAUACACCACCAACGGCCAGGACGCGCACUCAUCCCCUUCCGCGUACUCCUGCAACUCCCAUUCGUGGGUGCACAUUUUCCCGGAGGGCAAGAUUCACCAGUCACCGCGAAAGACGAUGCGCUAUUUCAAGUGGGGUAUUGCACGCCUUAUUCUAGAGCCCAAGGAGUGCCCGGACAUUGUUCCGAUGUGGAUCGAGGGCUUCGACGAUGUCAUGCACGAGAGUCGGAAGUUCCCACGGUUCUUGCCUCGGCCUGGAAAGCGGGUCAGUGUUACUUUCGGAUCCAAGGUGGACACCAAUGAAGUCUUCGGAGAUAUGAGGUCGCGUUGGGACAAGUUAAAAGCCAAGGUUGAAAAGAGAGACCCCGAGUCCCGCGACCUGCCACUUGGUGUCUUGAGCGAGGAGCUGUUGAACAACAAAGAAGCAGUUGAGCUGCGCAAAGAGGUCACCUUGAAGGUGCGAAACCUCGUCUUGGAUGUUCGCCGGUCUCGUGGAUUCCCUGACGAGGACCCCAAGGAGGGGUUGGUUGAUACCUGGUUGGAGGAAGGCCCUAAGCGUGAGGGCCACAUGAAGGACGAUUCCUGGGUUCGAGAUAUCUGA